GCAGUCAGUGAGCUCCUUCAAACCUGCCACACCUCUUCAGCUUCUCUCCAGUCAAAGUGAGAACACCGGUCGAGUGAGAAUGGCAAACAGACAAGCAUGCCUCUCUGCAGCUCUCUGCUCCCUCCUCAUUGUUGCCAGCUUCAUCUGCGGCUCUGAGUCCGCGAGCUGCUGCAUGAGAUACACCAGGGGGAAGAUCCCCUGCAAGGCGCUGACGGGCUACAACAUUCAGACCAUCAAUGGCUCCUGUGACAUCAGUGCCAUCAUCUUCCACCUCGGCGGCAGGUUCGUGUGUGCUGACCCUUUGAAAGCUUGGACCUUGAGAGCAAUGAAGUGUGUAGAUGAAAAGAGGAGGAAGGUUGAACGGAUCCUGGAAGAGAGAAACUAAGAAACUAAGCUCUACAGCCUGGAGCUAAAACUGCUGAAGAAAAUUAGAGAAAUUGUUUUUAAGCUUCUCUUUAUCUUUCCCUGAAGGGUAAUGCAGAUUAAUGGGAAGAUUGUUUAUCUGGGAACUUUUAUCUCCUCUGUUUUAUAAACAGGAAUGUUUGGUAUUUAUAAUACCCCAAGUAAAGCUUUAAAAUGCUGUUUAAUAACCUGUUGGAGGUUCAUGUUUUUCUGUGUUUUUUUGCUGUGAGAGAAAAACUAAAUCUUUAAAACAUUUUUAAUAAAUGUGUCUAAAAUAACUUUACUAUUAAAGCGUUUUAUGUGUUUAUAUUAAAUUGAGGUUUUGUGUUAAAACAAUAAAAGGUUCUAAAGGAAAAAA